AAUUGUUAUCAUUUCGCCUGGCCAAACAGUGGCUAUAGAAGUUCUACAUAAGGAGUACUGAUUGACAGCCCAUUGGCUUAUGUCAAGACAGAGCCAUCAAGGAGCUAUUGAAGGAGUCUACGUUUCCUCUACGCUGUCGAACUGCUUUGGACUUGGCCUAAGGAUAGUGGCUGAAAAGCUCGUGGCGGGGCUUUCAGCGAGACUCAAUGCGGAGACGCGACGUCGCAUGCCGCUGCGCGAUGCUCCUUAUAAGUCCAGGAAUAUCCCUUGUCCGAAUUCUACUAUCACUACAGCCACCGCUUCUAUUAUUUACAUUUUGUCUGUUAGCAUUUGCUUUCUCAAUGUUAUCCAUGUCGUCGGGAUUAGAAGAUCGUACACUCGCUAAUCCCGAUGUUGAGCUGGAUUGGAACGAGUUCAUGUCGCGUCUGGCACAACUCCACUACUGCGUACUGCCUAACAAGAACCGAGAUACAAACAGCCGGAAUACGUCAGCGUCAGCUGAUCAACCUAAGGUUCAGGUAGUCGACCAGGGGAAAAGCCUGGCUGCCCUACUUCCUGAUAUUGAACUGCCCCUAAGGAGCCGUAGUACAAAGGGUAAAGGUGCUGGGGGCUAUACUUCUGAUAACGGACAUUCCGCCGACCGUCCACAGAACGUCACAGUAGCUGUUUCGAUCAAGGGAAAUUUCCACCGUAGUGUCCUGACAGAAGCUAUGUCUUGGCAUGCCAUUGCCACCGGCGAUAUGAUUGGUAGUCGAGGCGUUCUGUCUCGCGCCCCGUUUCAGCUGGUGAUGCUUUUGUGGCCUGUAAAAUCGGAAGAAACUGGGGAAAAUGAAAAGCAAACAGCAAAGGCCAAGACUCCAAUGGUGCUGACUGAAGUAUGCCUUGUCAUUCAAGGGCCCGCUGCCCUGCUACCAAAGACUCGGGCGCCUUCUAGGUGUUAUCUGAGUGCCAUACCUCCACAGAUAACCCGCGAGGUGAAAUUACAGCGAACUGCUGCCGACGCGCAAGGAAAGCAGGGCAAUAUUUGUACACAAGGAGUUUGGACUUCAUUCACAUAUCAGCCAGAUCCAGCACUUCAGGUGCUGCUUUCUCGAAGUGACCUACUUCUGGUGAAAGAGCGACUUCAGCGAAGCGGGCUCUUUCUGUUAGCGCUGUCAGCGCUACUCAUCGUCGGAGCUGGGCUAUCGCAACACUCGAGCCCACGGAGAUUUGGCUUCUCAAAUGGGUCACAUCAUUACAAGCUGAAGAUUGACGCAAGCGUCAGUUAACUAGACGCUAAUCAACUUUACGUCGACGGCUCACUCAGUGAGAUUCUGGGAAUGAGUUGUACCCGUGUAUACACUGUCCUCAAUGUGAAUUUCUAACCGAAAGAUGCCAGAGGCUGCAAGUCAUGAAAUCACAAAGGUCAUUAAGCUAGAUCAGUCAUAGAAAAACCGCUUUAAAAAAAACAGCGAGAAAAUAACCUUAUUCUGUGAUAAGUCUGCCACGAGGAGUCACAACGGCUCCGUUUAAUUACUGCUUGCGCACACGUACCAACGGGUACCACUGAUGUACGAAGACCCAUCACGCUGUGCGCAAGUAACAUUAUUCAAUUUCCAGAUGGAAAAAAUAUACUUUCACAAGCUUAUUUAUUUUGUCUAUGAGCAAAUCUCAAGGAGGAAGUUGUAUUGGUACCUCCUCAAAACCGAUGCUUAUGCGGGUUAGUUGCGUGUAGAUAUAGCUAGAGUAGACAAAACAGCUUUAUUCAUACACGUGUUCAUAUGUGAGACGAUUGUAUCCGCUAUCCGAUUUUCUUUCCAAUCCGAAAUUAAAAACGAAGCACCUUUAAAUGAUGGGAUGAUUCUUGCUCCAGCCAGAAAUUGCCCAACCUUCAGAGAAUCCAAGCGGCAGCUGACAGCCUAUAUCAGUCGCCCGAUACGAAAUUUCUGUAUUAGUCCAGCUGCAGCAUUCAGCUAACUUGAGGUGAACUUACUCUUAUAGUCCCAUACGGUGUUUAUUUUUAUCAUAGCAUAAGCUGCUUAAGCCAUCUCCUAGCUAAAUGGCAACCCAUAGGUUGGUAAAGCAAUGAGCACCUUCGCGUUUAGUAAACAAACAAGCAAGGCAAGACAAACAACAAAUAGACCAUUAAUGGUAGCUACAAUACUAUAGAGACGUAUUUUCCGGACUCAAUAAUACCAUACUUCUAAACGCGCCUUCCGCAACGGUACUUUGUGGAUAUGUCGUAUUUAGGUUCUGAAGUGUUGUAUAGGCAUCAAGAAUUUAUAUAGCGCACACAAAGGAAAUUGUGUCGAUUUCUCCUCCUAUUAAACCGAUGUGGAAAUGUCUGACGGAUUCAACAUUUACGACCUUAAUCUAGGCAGUAGUACACAGAAGUGCGUUAUAUAAUAGUAGCGUGUCAUAGGCGCACAUGAUCGCUCCGAAUUAUCGACAAUCUAUACAACGUGCUCGACUAAGCGUGAACAAAAUAAAUUACCGCUAAGGUAAAGCUAAGAAAACCCCGACUUCGGUUAAUGAGACGAAUCAUAUUGGGUCGCUUCCGAUUUUUCGUACAAAUGAUUGCGUACAUGUAGAAAGGAACAGUCGAAAAACACCACGUGAUCUGAUUUGCCCCACUGCAAAACCUUGCGCCGAAACGUACCACUGUGCAGAAAAUAUCCAUCUAAAGUGAAGCAUUCUAUAAGGGUAAACACAACCAACUGACUAUACGACCUCAGGCGUGAUGCUGCGAGGUUUCAACUCAGGUAGCUUCAACGUCGCCAGCCAUAGAUAUAGGCUCCAUACAGAGAAGUAGGCUCUCACAAUGACUAUUGUAAGUGAUGAAAAUUUGCGUUGUAUUAUCUAUUGAAAUGUACACAUGUCCAGUUUACAUUUACGAUUGUACCUCAUGAUAGAUUUUGUUGAAAUAGACUAUUUCAAAUUAGAAAUACACUAACAUGUAGUAGACCGCAUUUCAUCAAAGUGCGUUCAUACUUCGAACUAAUCAUCUGAAUUUGAAAAAGUGUGUAUAUUAAUUAGUAGCGAACUAAUUUCAGAUAAAGAUCACGGGUGGAAGUUCGCUGCGCUGUACUAGUUCCUCACUCCAACUCGAAAGCUGAGUUAUGAUAGCGAUUUUGAAGGUAGAAGACAACUUCGCUUCCACAACAGCUGGGCGCCACCUAUGUCACGCCUGAUUCACGCCCGCAAUUCUAGCCCUGGAGUGCCGGAGUCAGCGAUCGGACAGAGCUUUCUGCACCGAUUAAACGCUUCGAUUCGGCCUCUGGAAGCAUCGACGCGGGAUUUGUGGAGUCGCUGUUACUGCCGGCUCGAUCUGCUAGAAAUUGAGAAACCAGCUGGACUCCAGUGCUCCAGCUUGGCCGGCGACGGUCUGUUGACCUACCGACGACACUGGACGCGUUGCCACUAAUAGAAGAAAUCCAUUAGACCCUAACGGAUCAUUGAAAUUAGUGUAAAUGUUAGCAUCUGUAUCUGGCAGUCGCGUUGCUUGAACCUUCCUGGAAGCGGCGCUGCUGAAUGGGUCGGUCUCUAUUUGUACAAGCUUUGAGCGCGUUCUGUCGCUGCCGAGAACACGUGUGGCUGCCCGCUUCCGAAACUUCGUUGAUUAUUGAUUCCUUGUGUAGUAGUAAGUUGAUGGGCUUUUUGUGCUGAAGCAAUAUUCCGGACUAUGCUGGCUGCCGCAUUACUUAACGCUAACGAUGACAGUAUCGGCUCUGUUCUAUGGAGGCUUUCACUAGAAAGCUUUCUUCCAUCGUCGCUGCUGACUUCGUCGCAGUAGGCUUCGCCGUACCGAAACCGAAGAACAGUUUGGGUGACAGGGUAUGGCUAUUGCUACCUACUGCCGUUGACUUGAACACUGCCCAGUCCCGAAGGUAUGUUCAACGGUGACAGCUGGCGUGUCGACAUUCAUAGGGAUCUCCAAGGAGUGGAUAGGUUGGCAGUCCAUGAGAGCCGCAGUUGCCAGACCGCUGCUAAGCGAUUCAGGCGUAGUUUUAGGUUUCACGCGAGUUGGGCAGCAUUAAGGCAGUAAAUGCAUCCUCAGGUAGAGGUGGGUAUGGUGAGGAGGUCGGCUGUCUUGCCGACAUAACUGCCCAGUCGGAGUUCUAGUUGCAUGCGGACUGCGUUCGCGUUCGUUGUGGGUUCGCUGGAGACUGCGUAUUUACAAACAUGACCGGAGGUGGAUUAACGGGUAAGUGACUAUGGGGCGAGCUGGCCGACUCAGAUUAGAAUCUAAGGAACGGUGAAUCAUUACGGUGUAUUGGCGUUUAUUAGGUUGCCUGCAAGGAUAGUGGUUCCAAUAUGACUGAUGAGGUUGAUCUUGGUUCUCUCUGUGUAUUGAUAUCUCGGUGUAGAUGAACUCAUCCGCAUUGCCCCUACACAGCGGUAUGCCGGAUUGCAUAAGGUCACAAAUGACAUCCUCUUCGAGAAGCAUCUAUUGAUCUUUUGCCCGCUGCUCCGUCAAUGCCACCAAGCUUCAUCCACUGGAACUCGCAGGGAUAACUGUGCCCGUCAUUCGAUUAUGGGUCGUUUGUUGGGUCGUAGCUCGAGUUGUUGCUAGCAUUGUUUGUGAAUUGUAUUCUCACAGCGUUUGCCGAAGUAUAGACGAGCGUGGAGGUUAUUAAAAACAGUUACAGCGCUUCCAUAUGUCACGAUGUAGAUAGCUGAGUACUAAUGUUAUAUUUGAAUGAAAAAGAUUCGCUUCUGUGUGCCGCUAAGCCAUCUAAUUCUUCUCUUGAAAACAACAACAUUUUUUGCCGAGGAGUCGUCUAUUCUGUAGUCCAAUAGGAGCUCAUAACGAUUUACAAAGUACGAACUAUCUUCUGAGGUAUCUUCAUAACUAGCCUAUAUAUCGAAACAAUAUGGGGCUAUGUGGGCCUAAGGUAAAGCGAUGUGGAGAACUAAUUUGAUUUCGUACAAAGAUAUCAAGUCACCAAUGAAACCUUGGGCCAGAUGGAUAUCCUUUGAGAAAAUGUUAUUUUUAUGCAGUGUCACGCGGAUUAACUGAAAUAUCACGACUCGCUGAGCGUAAGAUAGCCAUGGCGGUUUUCUGAUCGGUGUCAAGCUAUACUAUAUGGUCCAAAUAUGGCACAGGUUGAAUUUUGUUGGGAAAGUUGCGGUAAGUCGUGCGUAUCGCGAAAGCGAAGCUGACAGCGCUCAAUCGUCUGUGUAACUAACACGGUUCUUCAUUAUCUUAGUUCCAUGGUUAAUCAGGAUUUAUAAUGAUGCUUAUCGAAACGUAAUACAUUUACAGACGUAUGGUAACUAGAUCAUCUGAAUAGGUUAUGGCGACACAGAAGCUAAAAUGAAAAUUUUCAAGUUACUUUGGCCUUCUUCGAUAUAUCCCAUUAAACUAAAUUGAACUGUAGCCUACAACUCUCUGCCAAAUAGCCAUGAUAGCCUUCAUAUAUAACUGGUAUGCAAUAAAAGCGUGCAGAAUGCAGUGACUUCCAUAUAAUUUGCGUUUAAAGUUCGGAAACGAUAUAGCCAUACGACAAACGAAACUGUAAUAAAAAAUAAAUGAAUUGUUAUUUUUUG